AAUGAUCAAGAAUAACAACGAACCACUUAAGAACCACCCUGAACACAGUAGAAAUCCCGCUUCCAAUCAGGUUGUCAAUUAAGCUGUGGAAAUCCAUAGAACCCGAUCGAUGCCCGUGGAAUGCUAGAACGUUCUGUCUCGCUUCACCGCCGACUAUAUCUACGUUAGGCUGCUCGCACACAAACUCUUUCCUCUUCUUUCUUCAUACUCAACCCUCUCUCUCUUGUGUGAUAUCCUCCUCCUUGCACUUAUCCUAAUCUCUCCUCUCUCCUCUCUUUUUUCUUUUUCUCGUGUACUACUAUCCUCUUUUAACGACUGUUUCUAUUUCUCACGUUGUUCACGACCCCUCCAUACACAAAAAUGGCUCCCGCCGUCGGUAUUGACUUGGGUACCACCUACUCCUGUGUGGGUGUGUUCCGUGAUGACCGUAUCGAAAUUAUCGCCAACGACCAGGGUAACCGUACCACUCCCUCGUUCGUUGCCUUCACCGACACCGAGCGUCUCAUCGGUGAUGCCGCCAAGAACCAGGUGGCCAUGAACCCUCACAACACCGUCUUCGAUGCCAAGCGUCUCAUCGGUCGUCGUUACAACGAUGCUGAGGUCCAGGCCGACAUGAAGCACUACCCCUUCAAGAUUGUCGACCAGGCUGGCAAGCCCGUCGUCGAGGUUGAGUUCAAGGGUGAGAACAAGCAGUUCACUCCCGAGGAAAUCUCCUCCAUGAUCCUCGUCAAGAUGCGUGAGACCGCCGAGGCCUACCUCGGUGGCACCGUCAACAACGCCGUCGUCACUGUCCCCGCCUACUUCAGCGACUCUCAGCGUCAGGCUACCAAGGACUCCGGUCUCAUUGCCGGUCUGAACGUCCUCCGUAUCAUCAACGAGCCCACCGCUGCCGCCAUCGCCUACGGUCUUGACAAGAAGGGUGAGGGCGAGCGUAACGUUCUCAUCUUCGACUUGGGUGGUGGUACCUUCGAUGUUUCUCUCCUGACCAUUGAGGAGGGUAUCUUCGAGGUCAAGGCCACUGCUGGUGACACUCACUUGGGUGGUGAGGACUUUGACAACCGUCUGGUCAACCACUUCGUCAACGAGUUCAAGCGCAAGCACAAGAAGGACCUCACCACCAACGCUCGUGCUCUUCGUCGUCUCCGCACUGCUUGCGAGCGUGCGAAGCGUACUCUCUCCUCUGCUGCCCAGACCUCCAUCGAGAUCGACUCGCUCUUCGAGGGUGUUGACUUCUACACCUCGAUCACCCGUGCCCGUUUCGAGGAACUCUGCCAGGACCUCUUCCGUGGCACCAUGGAGCCCGUUGAGCGUGUCCUCCGUGACGCCAAGAUCGACAAGUCCUCCGUCCACGAGAUCGUCCUUGUCGGUGGUUCCACCCGUAUCCCCAAGAUCCAGCGUCUUGUCUCCGACUUCUUCAACAAGGACCCCAACAAGUCCAUCAACCCCGACGAGGCUGUCGCCUACGGUGCUGCUGUCCAGGCCGCCAUCUUGUCCGGUGACACUUCCUCCAAGUCCACCAACGAGAUCCUGCUGCUCGACGUUGCGCCUCUGUCGCUCGGUAUUGAGACCGCUGGUGGUGUCAUGACUGCUCUUAUCAAGCGUAACACCACCAUCCCCACCAAGAAGUCUGAGACCUUCUCCACCUACUCGGACAACCAGCCCGGUGUCCUGAUCCAGGUCUACGAGGGUGAGCGUGCUCGUACCAAGGACAACAACCUGCUCGGCAAGUUCGAGCUCACUGGUAUCCCCCCGGCUCCCCGUGGUGUUCCCCAGAUUGAGGUCACCUUCGACGUUGACGCCAACGGUAUCAUGAACGUCGGUGCCACCGAGAAGGGUACUGGUAAGGCCAACAAGAUCACCAUCACCAAUGACAAGGGCCGUCUCUCGAAGGAGGAGAUCGAGCGCAUGCUUGCUGAGGCCGAGAAGUUCAAGGCUGAGGACGAGGCUGAGGCUUCGCGUAUCCACGCCAAGAACGGUGUCGAGUCGUACGCCUACUCCCUCAAGAACACCAUCAACGAGGGCAAGCUCACCAUCUCCGAUGAGGACAAGACCAAGGUCCAGACCAAGGUUGAGGAGACCAUCAGCUGGCUCGACAACAACCAGACCGCUGACAAGGAGGAGUACGAGUCUCAGCAGAAGGAGCUCGAGGCUGUUGCCAACCCCAUCAUCUCCGCUGCCUACGGUGGUGCUGCUCCCGGUGGCGCUCCCGGUGCUGCCCCUGGCGGUGCCCGUAGCGCCGAUGAGGUCGAGGAGAAGCCCGAGGAGCUUGACUAAACGUCUUGACUCUUUGUUCUUUCUGAUGAUAUCCCUUUUUUCUUUUCGUUCUAAGUGCCUUUUGCUGUGAUUCAAGGCAUACUUUUUCUAUUAAAUUCUUUUUCUUUGCUCGUUACGGGUGGUUUAACG